CUUCCCUGACUUCAGUGCUUCACAACCUUGAUCCCCUCGACUGCUGAUGUGCCCAUAGAAGACGACCAGCGACAGCUGAUGACAGAGUAAAAAUCUGGGGAAAAGUCCAAAAGAGCAAGCACAAUGUCCAUUCCACACAGGCCUGUCACCAAAGUCAUGGCUCCCCACGCGGAGACCACCAAUAGGCCAGACCAGUGGAAGAUCGCCCAGGGUUUCGCUGGCGCCCUAUUGCCCGCACUGGACAUGACCGGCCCCGAAACCAAAGAAAUUCCACCCCAGCAGUUUGGCCCCCUUACCAAAGAUGAGGAAGCCAUCAAGUCUGUCGGCGAUCGAGCCAAGCUAUUUGCUCGGGAGCGAAAGGGUUGGAAGGGCUUUGUCGAGUGGGAAAAUUACCCGGAGAAAAAGGCAGCUGCCCACAAGAUCCUUAGCUCUCAAACAUGGCCACCGAACCCAGAGUACCAGCUUGCUGAGAUUCCCGGGACAAAUCCAGUCCUCCCCGGCACCCGCUUCAAGCUUUGGCAUCACGCUCUGGGUGGCGAGCUUGAGGACGUGGUUGAUGAUUCAUGGAACUGUGUGCUCGAAGAGAAGCAUGUUGACAUGCUCCACUUGCUGCAGUUCCCCUACAACGGGGAGCCGCCGAAACGCUUGACGGCUGCCAAGGACAUCACACCCAACUCGCUGCACUUUGUCCGCAACCACGGCGGUAUACCCUACAUCGAAAAGGACGACUUUAGCUUUGACGUCGACGGCCUCGUCAAGAACCCCAAGACAUUUACGCUCGACGACCUCAUGGACGAAUCCCGAUUCCCGCGCAUGGAGAAGCACGUAACCAUUCAAUGCUCAGGCACGCGUCGCAUCGAGCAGAUCACCAAGUACCCCGGCCAGGGUGACGAAGUACCUCAGGCACCAUGGGCCGAAGGAGCCAUUGGGACGGCCAAGUGGACGGGAGUCAGCCUCAAGGCGGUCAUCAAGGAGUGUGGUGGUCUGGUCGAUGGGGCCAAGCACGUCGAGUUCUACGGGGCCGACACCUAUGUCAAGGGAGAAAAGGCCAUGAAUUAUCUCGUCAGCGUGCCGUGGUCCAAGGUCAAGGCCAACGAGGUGAUACUGGCCUGGGCCAUGAACGAUGAGCCAUUGCCAAAGAUUCACGGUUUCCCUUUGCGGACCGUGGUUUUGGGCUACAUCGGUGCGCGUAGCGUCAAGUGGCUGUAUCGAAUCAAGGCCAUCAAGAAUCCUAGUCGCGCGCCGGUCCAGACCCAGGAGUAUCUCUACUUCCCGCAGCAGGUGGGCAAGCACAACUUCAACCUGACAGACGGGAUCCAGAUACAGGAGAUGCCUGUCAGCUCUGCCAUAAUGUCCCCGUGGAUGAAGCAGGUAGUGAUUCACAACGGCAAGAUACGCUGCAAUGGCUGGGCCUACUCGGGUGGUGGGCGGUGGCCAGAGCGGGUUGAGCUGUCGGCCGAUGGUGGUUUCAACUGGUACACGGUGCCGCUGGAGAACUUGUCCAAGAAGCGAAAGUGGACAUGGCGGACGUGGCACAUGGAACUUCCCUGCGACGUCGAGGGUUGGAUAGAGAUCGUAGUGCGGUGUUGGGACAACAGCCUGAACACGCAACCUCCCGAGGUUCGCACAGCCUGGAACUGGGGAUUGCACGUCACCAGCUCGUGUCAUCGUGUGUCUGUGUAUAGCAUCAACAAAACCCGGCCCAAAACCCAGGCUCGCCUGGCAGAACUUGACAGCAAGAACAUCCCUAUCGUACCUAUCACUGUACCACUCGAAGUCCCAGCGCAGGGCUCAAACGAGUACGAGGAAUUUUGGCGGAAGCAUGAGCCCCGAGAUGCCGAUGAUGAAUAAGUACAUUAUGUAGUUUUCAAUGUAUAAACCCGGGGAGUUGCCAACAGGACUGCACAAAGAAGAAGAAAAACACGAAAAAAAACGCGGUCGGUGGAGGACAUAAAUAGCAACCUGCAG